UGAGCUACCCGUAUGAUGUUUUCGUCGCUUCCAACGGCGAUCUAUUUAUUACUGAUUAUCAGAAUAAGCGAAUACAGAAAUGGUCUCCUAACACUGACCAAGGACUCACAGUUGUUAAAUUCAAUGAUGGACCCAAAGCGUUAUAUCUUGAUAAACAAGAACACUUGUAUGUUUCACUUGACAGUUAUCCCGGUCGAGUACUGAAAUAUUCAUUUCGUUCGACAACACCAGAAGAAACUGUAAUUACAAAUGAACCGUCUAGUUUAGCAGGCGUCUUCGUAGAUCAGUGUGGAACAGUAUACACAGCUGCUCAACCCUUUGGCGGAAUUGGCACAAUUAAAAAGUUCUUCAAUGUCAGCUCAGCAGCGAGUGUUGUUGUAGCAUCCGAUCUAAAUCGUCCUUGGGGUCUCACACUGGAUAAAUAUGGGAAUUUCUAUGUCGUUGAAAUGUACGGAAACCGUGUUCAACGAAUUAGUGUACGUGACGGUGUAAUGGAAGUUAUAAUAAAUAAGUCUGCUGUAGAGGGGAACAAUGCUGAGCAUUUGAGAGAGCCAGAAUCAUUAAUUCUUGGUUUAUCGCUAAAAAAUGUGAAAUGA